GUAGGCUUCUGUAAUGUCACGGCAUCAAUACUGUGGUAUUUAAGGUAAAUGUACAAAAACAUUGAGUGUUUUGAUACACUGUGGGAUGUAAAACAUCUUUACCUGAUGUUAACCAGCAGGUGUUGAACUUCUCCGUCGCUUCUCUGUACGUUCUCAGAAACAGACACUGGAAUGUUUACUCUCAACUGGAGUCUCACAUGCCCUUCAUAGCACAGAAGCUUUUGUGUGGAUCUCUGUUUAUCUGUGCCUCAAAAUGGCAAAAGCCAGCAUUUCUGUGGAGCAGUUGACGUGUCCGGUGUGUCUGGAUCUAUUGAACGAUCCCGUGACUGUUCCCUGUGGACACAGUUACUGUAAGAGCUGUAUUACAGACUGCUGGGAUCGGAUGAGAGUCUACAGCUGCCCUCACUGCAGAAGGGUCUUCACUCACAGACCUGAUUUAGGUAAAAACAUCAUUCUGACUGAAAUGAUAGAGAUACUGAAGCAGACUCAGCUCCAGGCCGCUGAUCUCGCUCACUCUUACACUAGACAUGGAGAUGUGUGUGACAUGUGCAUCGGAAGAAAACAUAAAGCCGUCAAAUCCUGUCUGAUGUGUUUGAAAUCUUACUGUCAUGCUCAUUUUGAACAUCAUAAAAUGGUUUACUCGGGUAAAGCACACGAGGUGAUUGAUGCCACUAGACUUCAGGAGAACAUCUGUCGUCAACAUAACAAACAGCUGGACGUCUUCUGUCGUACCGACCAGCAGCUUAUUUGUUCUCUUUGUACAAGAGAUGAGCACAAAAACCACGAUACUCUACCAGCUGUAGCAGAGAGGACAGAGAAACAGAAACAGCUUAAAAUAUCACAGAGAAACUUCCAGAACUAUAUGAUAUUUAGAAAAGGACAUCUUCAGCAACUAAGAGACAAUGUGAAGAGUCAUAAGUGGUCUGCACAGACAGAGAGUCUAGCUGAAAGACGUGCGGAGCAACUGGAGAAAGAGAUUGAUGGUCUGAAGAGAAGAGAUGCUGAACUGAACGAGCUUUUGAACACACAUGAUCACAUCCAGUUCCUGCAGUUGACAGAAAACAAACAAAAGUGAUGUUUCAUUUCAAGCAAUUAAAGGAAUCAUUCGAAUCAUUAUCCUCAUGUCUUUCCAGAUGUAUAGCUAUAUGAUAUUCUUUCUAAAAUGCUCUGAUUUGAAGUCCCUUACAUACAUCCGUCAAUAAUUUUAACUUCAAAUAUUAUUGGUUCUGUGUCUCUUGCGUAGUUAUCAUGUAAAUUUGUUUUAUGACACGCAGGAACCAAUGAGAUUUGAAGAAUCAGAAUCAGAAAGAGCUUUAUUGCCAAGUAUGUUUGCACAUACAAGGAAUUUGUUUUGGUGACAGGAGCAUCUAGAACACAGAAACAGCAAAAACAGUACACAGAGACCAUAACACAAUAGAAUACAGUACACAAUGAUUUAAAUAAGGGCCUAUGGGUAUAAAAAAUUAAGAAAUACAAUACAAUAAACAUAUGAUAAAGAUAUAGAGAGUGUAAAGCUAUGUAUGUAUGUAAAUAUGUACAAGUAAAAAAUAAGAAUAGACUAUUGAAGUACAAGGUAUGUGCUAUAUACAGGAGAAUGAAUGAAAUAUAAUUUACAGAAAAAGUUCUAUAAAAAUAGAUAGUGUAUUAUCUGGAGGAUAUAAUUAAUAUUGCACUUAAUUAUUAUUGCACAGAGUUAUUAAUUGCACGGUGUGUAAAAACAUUUAACUGUUCAAGAGGUAGAUGGCCUGAGGGAAGAAGCUGUUUUUGUGUCUGGUUGUUUUGGUGCUCAGUGCUCUGUAGCGCCGACCAGACGGCAGCAUUGUGAAGAGAUGAUGGCUUGGAUGUGAGAGGUCCAGGGUGAUUUUCUGAGCCCUUUUCCUCACUCUGGAUGUAUACAGUUCUUGGAGGGUGGGCAGGGGAGCACCAAUGAUCUUCUCAUUAGUCCGAACCGUCCUCUGUAGUCUUCUGAUGUUAUUGACGUGUCGCCAUAUAUGAAUUUAGCACUCGUUUAUGUAUUUUAGUUUUGCUCAGAAUAAUUCAAACACUAACUUGGGUGUUGUUGAAUGAAUGUUGAAUGUUUGUUAUCACGAUGAUGUUACUAAAGAAAAAGGAUUGUAUGAUCUACAGCUCUUUGAGCUCAAAAAGUACAUAUUUGAUGAAUAUCUUGUACUUUAUGUUUUGUGUCUGUAGAGAUUCCAGUCUUUCUCGGGUCCUGACAUACCUGUGGAAAUAUCUGACUUGACUUCACUCUUCUCCGUUGACGAUAUGGGAAAACUGUUAAAAGGUAAACAUGAACAUUUCUUUAAUGGGGACAUACAAAAUAUAUAUGGGAGAAGUCCUGGAGAUUACAAAUCAAUGUACUAAUGUUACCUUUUGUGAUUGGUAUGAGCGGUUUACAGCACAGAACAGACAGCCUGUCCCUACAUUAUUUUUGCGCAAAUAGUAAAAAAGCUUUUUAAUAAUAUGUUUUUAGAUGAAAGCGAAUCGGUGCAUGUUCUUGUCUUUGCAGCAACAUAUUUGCACUGCAGGAGCCCAUUUGGGUCGACGCAAACACAAAGCACUUUGAUUACCUCAUGGUUUUUAUUUCAGUUUAAUAUUCAUAACAUUCUCACUCAUGUUUUUUAAACGUUCUCAGCUUUAAUAAAUGCUUGACUGAAUAAAAGUCACCAAAGAGCAUGUGC